AGAAUAAAAAGCAGUAGUCUGGGGUCUGGGAGGUGAAGGAGAGAGAAUGGAUCCUUUGUCGGCUCUCAGAGAGUUUACGAUGAGAGGCGAGGUGGAAAAGAUAGUGCGUGUGAACGCAGAGUUCCGAUUCGGGGAGGAGUACACCUUCCCAUGCUGGGUGGAGACUGCUUACCGUUCCACCAAGGGCAACCGUUACACCCUUGAAACCCUAGUCCACUACAUACAAAACCACCACCUCAAGCACACCGAGUACAUCCAGAACACCUUCGCCGUCGGCAUCCCCUCCGUCACCCUCCCCGACCGCAAGCCCCUCCUCCAAUACCUCCAGGGCACCCUCUCCUCCUCCGAUUCCAUCGAGUACCGCCCCCACGACGACCCUUCUUCCUUCCCAGCCCCCAAAUCCACCCCCAACCCCCCUUCCCUGCCCCCAGAGGACCUCAAUUUGGACUUCAUCUCCAUGAUCAGGUCCGCCGAGAAGCCCUUGAAGGACCGCCAGUCCUUGCUGGAGUGCAAGAAUCGCGACUUCUACAGCGUCCUCGUCUCCGCCACCAAGCGCGAAGAGGAGCGCCAGAGGAUGGAAUCUCACCAGAGGAAGGACGGCCUCGUUGCCAAGAGUCGCCUCAUGGGCUCCGACGACCGGGGUUUAGGGUUCUCCGACGACAUGGGCGGCUACGACCCUACUCCCAAGCCCAAGAUGCACCUCAAGGGCACCAAAAUUGGGGAAGGUGUCCCCAUUAUCUUGGUCCCCAGUGCCUUUCAGACCCUCAUUACUAUCUACAAUGUCAAGGAGUUCUUGGAGGAUGGUGUUUAUAUACCCACUGAUGUUAAGGUCAAGCAGAUGAAAGGUGCCAGGCCCGAUUGUGUUACCGUCCAGAAGAAGCUCAGUAGGGAUAGGGUUGUAACCGCUUAUGAAGUCAGGGAUAAGCCUUCUACUCUUAAACCCGACGAUUGGGAUCGGGUUGUUGCUGUUUUUGUGCUCGGCAAGGAGUGGCAGUUUAAGGAUUGGCCUUUCAAGGACCAUGUUGAAAUUUUCAACAAAAUUAUUGGAUUUUUCAUGCGUUUUGAAGAUGAUAGUUUGGAGUCAUGCAAGACUGUCAAGCAGUGGAAUGUCAAGAUUAUCUCGAUUAGUAAGAACAAGCGACAUCAAGACAGGGCUGCAGCAUUGGACGUCUGGGAGAGACUAGAAGACUUUGUACGCGCACGAUCACAUUCUUGAUUUUGUACCAUAUUUACAGAUCAUGUACGUACAUAAUUUUUUGAUUUCGAGAACUCCUUAGGGCCACAAUGUUGCACUUUUUGCUGUCUUCAUGUUUUAUCGGAUGAUAUGAGAUAAAUGUUUAAGAUUAUAUGCUCCGUGUAAUGGAUGGGAAUGUUUACACCUGCUUUGAGCUUUCAAGCUACAUAUGUCAAGUUUAUGCCCAAGUUCUUGUCCAUAUAAAGAUUAAUUUCUAUGCAACGUUUGGAACA